GCUCCCCGAGCAGCUAUGUCUGGUUUGAUAAUGCUCCACUGGCACGGCGAUCAAAUUAUUUUCUGUAUAAUGGCCAACAGUACAAAACCUGCCUCUAAAGGUUCGACAGCUACAAUCACUGAAGGAGGACUGAAGCAUUCUUUUAUAACCAUUAAGUUGGAAUCUGGCGCCGGUCAUGGUUUGGAGUAUGAUGUUGAAAUUUAUGGAAAAAUGAAUGGCGUGGGGAUGCCAAUAUUUUCUGUGUGAUGGUUAUUAGUGAACAGGACGAAUCGAAAGGUUCAACUGCUCGCAUCACCGAAGGAGGAGUGGACCAUCACUUUAUAACAAUUGAACUAGAAUCUGGCCGUGGAAACGCCUUGGACUACAAUAUUAAAAUAUAUGCUGAAUAAAUCUAUACUUUUUUAUAUCUACCUUUAUAUUUUUAUGAAAAUAAAUUAUAAAAAUAAUGCAAAA